UUGAUUGGCCGAAAAAUGUAGAUGAUUGUUCAGCUAUUGCUAGAGAUUUUUUUAAAAUUGCUGGGUUUCCUUUUGUUUGUGGUGCUGUUAACGGGACUUUGGUUUUUUUAAUAAUUUUUAAAGAAAUAUUUUCUUUUUUUAUGUUCAAAUUUAUGUGCCAAAAGACAAAGAGAGGGACUAUGUUGAUAGGCAUGGAUCUCAUUCCUUAAAUGUUAUGCUAAUCGCUGCCUCAAACUUCAAACUCUUGUAUCUGAAAAGCAAUAUGCCGGGAUCUGUUAAUGAUGCUAGGGUGCUCUCAAAAUCUUCUAUAAAUGAUGACUUUGAAAAUGGCUUUCGACCUUUCCCUAAUGCAAUUUUAAUUGGAGACAGCAUUUACCCUUCGAAGGAUUGGCUGAUUCCAAUGAGAGCUAGAGCUAAUGAAAGGUUUAAAGAAUUUUAUGAAGCACAUGCUCGAACAAGGUCUAUUAUUGAAAGAACAAUUGGUUUAUUGAAAAUGCGUUGGCUAUGUUUAAAAAAAGGACUUCGUGUCAAAAAACCGUCCUAUUCUGCGGAAAUAGUUAAAUGUUGUGGGUACCUUCACAAUUUUAUUAUUGAUAAUAGACAGGAAAAUGAAGAUGAUGACGAGUGUUUUGACGAAGACGAUAUUGAAGAGGAGGAAGAAACCGAGGAUUUAGACAAUUUUUUUACCCCUCGUUUAGAAUUUAUAUUCAAGACCUUUAUCAAAAUACACAAUAAAUAA